AUGAAUCGUGGGGAUGCAAACGAUCAGUCGGCGCCCGAUGCUCCUUUACUUCUUUCGCAUCAUUCGGCCAUUGCUGAUGCUCUCAUUGAUGCCAAUAACAGACCAUCCAAUCUAGACAGCGAGCAUUCAGGCGGUCUGUUCAUAUGGGCCCUGACCUUUUCUGCAGGCAUCAGUGGGCUCCUAUUUGGCUACGACACAGGCGUCAUUUCCUCAACACUCGUAUCCAUCGGCUCCGAUCUCUCGAACCGUCCCCUCACCACUUUGGACAAGAGUCUCAUCACAUCGUGCACUAGUCUUUUCGCCUUGAUAGCGAGUCCCUUGGCUGGGGUUCUGGCUGAUAAGCUCGGCCGGCGGAGGGUGAUACUCGUCGCGGAUGUCUUGUUUACUCUGGGGGCUCUAAUACAGGCUGUCACCAGUCAUGUAUGGGGUAUGAUACUAGGGAGAAGCGUUGUCGGUCUGGCGGUCGGUGGAGCUAGUCUGGUCACUCCGUUAUAUAUCUCCGAGCUGGCGCCUUCGCAUGCUCGAGGCAGACUUGUGACUAUCUUGUGCCUGUUGAUCACUGGUGGUCAAGUCGUCGCUUACAUCAUUGGCUGGUUGUUCUCUACAACCGCAAGCGGCUGGCGCUGGAUCGUCGGGCUUGGAGCUCUUCCAGCCGUGAUCCAGUUCGCAGUUGUUGUGGUUUUUCCGGAGACUCCCCGAUGGCUGGUCCAGGCCGGGCGUGAAGCCGAAGCUCUUCAUAUCUUGUCGAGGGUUUACCAAGGUCAUUUUGAUAGCCACCGGGUCGCCAAACAAGUCGUGCGUGAUAUCCAGCUAGAGGUAGCUGAGGAAGAAGCAGAGAUGGACCGCAUCAAACCUCCUGGAGGUAGGAUGGUAUGGCUUGGUGCUGUCUCGCGACGUGCUCAGGACCUUUUCCGCAUCGGGGCAAACAGAAGAGCACUGGUAAUAGCAACGAUGCUGCAAGGACUGCAACAACUAUGUGGCUUCAACAGUCUCAUGUACUUUUCCGCAACGAUCUUUUCCAUCCUAUCUUUUUCCUCGCCAACUCUCACCUCGUUAUCGGUGGCGAUUACCAACUUCCUCUUCACGCUCCUGGCCUUUGCCCUGAUCGACAGGAUCGGUCGCCGUCGCAUUCUACUAUAUUCUAUUCCUGUUAUAUUUGUCUCCCUAUUGGUAUGUGCCUUGACCUUCGCCUCCAUGGAACUGCCAGGCCUGUCCCCCUAUUUGGAUGCACAAGCGCAGGCGGGAGGUGAUGCCACAGAUCAUUCGUUUUUACCCGUGGCGAUCCUUCUCUGUCUGAUAGUAUACACCGCCUCUUAUGCCUUGGGGCUAGGAAAUGUGCCCUGGCAACAGUCGGAGCUCUUUCCGUUGAACGUGCGAUCUCUUGGCUCAGCGCUUGCGACGGCAACGAACUGGGGGUCCAACUUCAUCAUUGGGCUUACCUUUUUACCCAUGAUGGAAUGGCUCUCUCCCGGCUGGACUUUUGCGGUUUAUGCAGGCGUGUGCGCCGUGGGGUGGACUGGGGUAUGGGCCAUCUACCCGGAAAUGAGUGGCCUUAGCUUGGAGGAGGUCAAGGGGCUUCUUGCUGACGGUUGGGGAGUCAGAGAGAGUCUGGCGAGGAGUCGCCGUAACACGUCAAUUGAUUAG